GUCCGUUGUUUUGUGCGCUCUGUGGAGUUGGGUACGGUGAGCGUCGCGCGGAUUGUUCUCUUCCCUUUGGUUUCCCCCCUCCCCCUUCAUUCCGCUUUGUUGGCCGUUCCUUUUCUUGCUGCCUCGGGGAAGAGUCGGGAGUGUGGCAAUGCCCGAGUUUUUGGCGGACCCGUCGGUGCUCACCAAGGAGAAGCUGAAGAGCGAACUGAUUGCUAAUAACGUGAGCCUGCCCGGAGGUGAGCAGCGUAAGGAUGUUUAUGUGCAGCUCUACCUUCAGCACCUCACCGCCCGCAACGUGUCUGGAGUCCCCGCGCAGCCGGAUUUCUCCAGUGACGAGGAGAGGGAGUCGACCCCGGUUGCAGUCAGGAACAGAGGGGGUAGCGCUGCUGCCGUCGCUGUGGGCCGGAAAGCAACAAAGAAAACGGAUAAGUCAAGGCUUGAACAGGAUGAUAUAGAUAUAGCAGAACUCAGUAAUGAAGAACUCAAAGAGCAACUCCUGAGAUACGGUGUGAAUCCAGGUCCUAUUGUUGCUACGACAAGAAAGCUGUAUGAGAAGAAGCUAUUGAAACUGAAAGAACCAUCCCAAGAUCUAAGUCCUUUCAUAGCUACACCAACAUUUUCUUCAUCAGCAGAAAACAAUAAGCAGAAUGGAAAUGAUGAUUCUGACCAGUUCAGUGAUAAUGAAGAAGAUCCUAAAACAGAGUUCAGACUUGACCAGCGAGAACCACUGAAGAGUAAAACAAAAACUUUAUUAUCACUUAAACAAAGAAGAAUUGCUGAAAAUAAUCAGGAUGGCAUUACUGAGACAUUCUGGAGAAGUGGAUCUUCAAAAAGUGGACUUCUUCAGGCAGUGUCUAGGGAAUCUUCAAGAGUUUCAAGAAGAACACCAAGGAAAAGGGUUGAAACUACAGUUCCAUUUCCUGUACAUGAUCCAGUAAUAUCAGAGAAUACUCCCAUAGCUGUAGUGGCUUCAAGCAACAAGACUCUACAGGUUGUCAAUAGGGUACCUGGAAAUACCAAGCAUGCCGAUCCUAUACUGUCAAUCAGUGACUUCUCAGAAUUGCCAAGAAGAACACCAAAGAAACCAUUGAUGUCAGCUGAAGUCAUGGAGAAAAUGUCUACAGAGGAUACAAGAUUAGAAAGAGAUAUUCUUAAAGAAAUGUUUCCAUAUGAAGCAUCAACACCCACAGGAAUUAGGUUGACACCCAGUCAUGAACUGAAACAGCAAUAGCAACAGCUGUGUAGGAGGCUUAAAACUGGGUGAGGAACAGCCAAACUCUGCUACCAAGGUGAGGUUGUGAAAGAAAGAUUGUGCUGUGCUCAAUCUUGCCAUGUCAUGGCAAGAUUGAGCACAGCAACAAGACACAAGGUAGUUAUACUGCACCAACAAGGUCUCUCCCAGACAAAGAUUUCAAAGCAGGCUGGGGUUUCAAGAUGUACUGUUCAAGCUCUUUUGAAGAAGCACAAAGAAACAGGCAACGUUGAGGAUCGUAGACCCAGUGGUCGGCCAAGGAAACUUAGUGCAGCAGAUGAAAGACACAUCAAGCUUAUUACCCAUCGAAAUCGGAAGAUGUCCAGCAGUGCCAUCAGCUCAGAACUGGCAGAAACCAAUGGGACCCAGGUAUAUCCAUUAUUGUCCAGAGAAGUCUGGCCAGAAGUAGUCUUUAUGGAAGAGUUGCAGCCAAAAAGCCAUACCUCUGACGUGGGAACAAGGCCAAGGGACUAAAGUAUGCACAAAAACAUAGGAACUGGGGUGCAGAAAAAUGGCAGCAGGUGCUCUGGACUGAUGAGUCAAAAUUUGAAAUAUUUGGCUGUAGCAGAAGGCAGCAAGAUUUUUCUUGCUGGCAUAUUUUAAUUGCAAACAAGAAAAUAAUAUUUCACAACAGGAUUAUUGCCUUUCUGUUUACAGUUCCCUAGUUCUCUCUCUGAUUAGCAACUUUAUGAAUAUAGAAUGUAUUGGCUCUUUGGCCUGAUCAAGGAAGGCUUUUCUUAAAUACCUCUGAAAUUCUUUGCAUGGAGAAUAUAUUGUUUGACUAUAAAACAGACUCAUAAAUUUGGCCAAAACUAGAAUAUUUUGAUUGCUCCAAGUUUUGACUAAAGCAAAAUCACAGGGGCUUUACAGGAUAAGUACAUAAACCUGGUGCACAUCUCGUCUCUUUCUUCUUUAUCCAAUGCCCUGCUCAGUGAUCUCUCUAGCAGGUUCAUUUUCUUAUCCUUUCAGUUACAAGUCUUAGUGUCAAGCACAGCAGAUCCAAUCAGCUAAUCCCCCAAGCUUCUUAUAUCCCUUUAGCUAAUGUAAGGAUUUCCUAUUUUCCUUUCUCAAACUCAUAUAUUUUGGUUUGAACCUGGUGUGUCAAAAAACAGGUAAUCUGAGAAUAGAACAUUUUGCAUAUCCCUAGUCAUAAUCUUAAAACUGACUUUCUUUUGGACAGUACUGCUAUUCCUUUUAUCCAUGCCCAACUAGCCAACCUUGUUUCCUGCAUCUGAAGACUACCUCUGUUUUGAAGUUAACACUGCAUAAAUAGGAACAUGUCAGUAUCCAAGAAAUAAUUCCUUUUAGCCAUGUUAUGCAGAAAAGGAGUCAGAAGCAGCAAAACAAAAUUAAAAGUAGGAAACAUAGCAAUUGCACUUAGACUUACAUACCACUUAUAUACCCUUUU